GUCCUCGGCGGUAGGUGGCGGUGUGUUCUGUCCGUGUAACUUCCUGAGGCAGCAGUAGAAGAAGAAGCGGGUGAAAAGCAGAGCUCUCCGUCUCCUCUCUCUCAUUCGACCCGAGUCUCCGCGCAUCAGCCAUUUGGUAUCUCCGAGGAUAAAGCUAAAAUGUCGGACGAAGGAAAACUGUUCAUUGGCGGUCUGAGCUACGAGACCAACGAGGACUCUCUGGCUGCGGCCUUCGGAAAAUACGGAACCAUCGAAAAAGUGGACGUGAUCAGAGACAAAGAGACUGGGAGGUCUCGUGGUUUCGGCUUCGUCAAAUACGACAAUGCAGAAGACGCCAAGGACGCACUGGACGCCAUGAACGGAAAGACUCUGGAUGGCCGGGCUAUUCGCGUGGAUGAAGCAGGGAAGGGAGGACGUUCCAGAGGAGGAUUCAGCUCAGGAGCACCUCGCGGAGGAAGAUACAGCGGAUCUAGAGGCAGAGGUGGGCGUGGUGGUGGUUACUCGAGAGGUGGAUACAACGGCGACAGGAGUUAUGGUGACAGGAGCUACGGCGACAGGAGCUUCGGAGGCGGAGACAGGAGCUUUGGUGGUGGCGGAUACAGGAGUGGAGGAUAUUCCUCAGGCGGUUACAGAGAAAACAGGGGUCAGGGUGGAUAUGGUGACCGCUCUGGAUCCUACCGUGAUGGAUAUGACAGCUAUGCUACACACGAGUAAACAUCUCCCUGAUUCAAGAUCAUCACUUGGCUGGCUGUAUUUCAAAGAUGCGCUCCUCAAGAAAAAUGUCCACGUGUUAUUGCUGACCUUAGUUUUGUAGUUCUGUUGUAGUAGCUCAGCAUCUUAAAAACAAUGUAGCCAUGAGUUUUGGCCAUUCCUUAUCAAACCAUGUUACAAAUAACAGUUCAAGAAUCUCACCUUGCUUAAUUGGGCAUCUUUAUUCCUCAAGAUUCUUUAUUCCUCAAAAAGAUCGUUUAACUAAAAGGCAUCCGUGUAAUCUAAUCAGUACUGUGAAGUCCCAAAUUGGGGAUCAAGCAAUGGCUCUCCACAUGGCUUUUCGUUGAACAGCCACUACCACCGCUGUAGACUUUUUGUCCAGCACUAUAAAGUGUUUCCUGAUUUGAUUCCUUAUUUAGUUUAGUUUUUUUAUAUAAAGAAAUAUCUGAUGGGGCUUGUUUGUGUUUUUUUUGUUUUCUUAUUUCCCCUCUCAGUCUUUGUGACUGUCCUACCUCCUGCCAGAUUUAAACUGAGUGAGGAAAGAUCAUUUUGCUCUUAAACAGACUUUUUUGGGGGAUUUUAUGCUAAAUACUUUUACUAUUAAAGAGAAAAAAACCUUAGUUUAGCUGAGGCUCCUGUGUGUUCAAUUUCCCAAAAGAGUGAAUUCCUUUCAGACUGGUGAACUACACAUCCGAAGUGGCCGGCUGUUCAUGAAGUUGCAAAUUGCAGCAUGCUACAGUCUGUCCAAGGUAUCUUCUGUGCUCUGCUCAACAUCUGCAUUUUAAAUGUGCUGUAAAAUGGACUAAUCUUGUUAAAAGUGAUCGAGAAAAUGUAACUUCGUUUCCCCAAAGUAAUAUCUCAACCGGGAACAGUUUUGUACUUUAUGUUCUUUGUAUGAUCAACGUUUUUUUUCUUUGUCAGUUCGGCUUCAUGGAGCCUAUUAAACAGACUGUGGAAAAUAA